CUGUCUCUAAUCUAUGUGGGACCGUUACGUUUAAUUAUAAUCUGGCUUUCCGGGGAAGUUAAGGAAGGGAAGGGAGAAGAGUUCGUUAUGACAUCUGUCGCCAGAAAGGGCAACUCUCUGCCACGUUAAGAAACAUUUGCCAUAAUGAGAUACGUCACGACGGAUCAAACAGCUACCGUUUGAUGCAGCUUGGCUGUCUGGAGUCCGUAGCCAAUUCCACUGUCGCCUAUUCCUCCUCCUCUCCUUUAACUUACUCCACCACCGGCACCGAGUUUGCGUCCCCCUACUUCUCCACUAAUCACCAGUACACCCCGCUCCACCACCAGUCCUUCCAUUACGAGUUUCAGCAUAGCCACCCGGCAGUCACCCCCGACGCCUACUCUCUGAACUCUCUCCACCACUCGCAGCAGUACUACCAGCAGAUCCACCACGGGGAGCCCGCCGACUUUAUUAACCUGCACAAUGCGCGGGCACUCAAGUCCUCCUGCCUGGACGAGCAGAGGCGGGAGCUGGGCUGCCUCGAUGCCUACCGUCGCCACGACCUGUCCCUCAUGAGCCACGGCUCUCAGUAUGGAAUGCACCCAGAUCAAAGACUCCUGCCAGGGCCCAGCCUGGGGCUGGCCACCGCCGGAGCGGAGGACUUGCAGGGCUCUGUGGAAGCCCAGUGUGGGCUGGUUCUCAAUGGCCAAGGUGGAGUGAUAAGAAGAGGUGGCACUUGUGUGGUCAACCCCACCGACUUGUUUUGCUCUGUUCCUGGUCGUUUGUCUCUCCUCAGUUCUACUUCCAAAUACAAGGUGACCAUUGCUGAGGUAAAGAGGCGCCUGUCACCCCCUGAGUGCCUCAAUGCUUCACUCCUGGGGGGCAUCUUGAGAAGAGCAAAAUCAAAGAAUGGGGGCCGCUGCCUCAGAGAGAAACUGGACAGGCUUGGCUUAAACUUGCCAGCCGGAAGACGGAAAGCAGCCAAUGUCACCCUCCUCACUUCCUUGGUCGAAGGGGAGGCUUUGCAUUUGGCUCGGGACUUUGGCUACACGUGUGAAACGGAGUUUCCAGCCAAAGCAGUAGGAGAACACCUCGCCAGACAGCACAUGGAACAGAAGGAACAGACAGCAAGGAAAAAGAUGAUCCUAGCAACCAAACAAAUUUGUAAAGAGUUCCAAGACCUCCUGAGCCAAGAUAGAUCACCACUGGGAUCCUCCAGACCCACUCCAAUUCUAGACCUUGACAUCCAGAGACACUUGACGCAUUUCAGUUUGAUCACUCAUGGCUUUGGGACUCCAGCAAUAUGUGCAGCUCUAAGCACUUUCCAGACAGUCCUCAGUGAGAUGCUGAACUACUUGGAAAAACACACUUCGCACAAAAACGGUGGAGCGGCAGAUUCUGGACAAGGACAUGCCAACUCGGAGAAAGCCCCCCUGCGGAAAACUUCAGAGGCUGCCGUGAAAGAGGGAAAAACAGAAAAGACGGACUAGCUGCAUCAAACAGAAUCUAUUUCCAGAGAGUGUUGCUGCUGAUAUUUUUUCUAAUAUAUAUAUCAUUGAGGGUGACUAAUCUUCAGUGGACCAAAUCACUACCUUCCCCAACCCUACAUUAGAAAAAAAAAAGUGGAAAUGAAACAUAAAACAAAAAAAGGACAAAUUUUUAAAAAAAUGAAAAAGGGAAAUAGCAGUGUAAUUGUGUGAUGAAAUUGUCACUUUUUAAUUUUAUGUUAUAAUUAAUUCCUUUUGUGCACGUAGUUUAUUGUUCCAAAUUAUAUACACCACUGUUUUUAAGCACUUCUGGACUUUGGAGAGGCAGCAAAUGCUUUUUCACAUUUGACUGAUGCACUUUCUUAUCCUGCUCUGUAGUUAGGGAUUAGAAAGCAUGACCAAACUAUAAUCUACCACCAUUGCUUAUAGUGCCAGUCUUUCUUGACUUAGCUCCCUGUAACUCAAGAGUGCCUCUUUCCAUUAUAUUGACCAAUCUGAAAAUUAAUUCAUUAAUAAAUAUUAAAAGGACAGUCAUGAAUUUCUGUCCUAUGAACUGACAGUAGUUCUAAAACUUUUGGUUACUUCUCGCCCACUUAAGUAUCAGUGCCUUGGCGGUAUUUUAAAAUUUCAGAAAACUCUCCUUCGACUAUAAUGUUCUUACCCCCUCGUGGAUUUAUUCAGCCACCUAAUGGUUAAGUAGAUAUUCAGAAAGCAGACGCUGUAGGAAUGAGAUAAACUCAUCUAUCCAUUCUUCUGAUAUCACCAAUGUAACAGUUUAAGAAAACAGACUGCAUUGAGUGGGUUGGGGUAGUUUUGCUACUGUUGGACUUGAUGGGAAACAAUGGCAUUGUUUUCCCUGAAUUGCAUGGGAAUAGGAACAAUGAUCUUUCUGGGAAGUCCCACCUCUCAGAGACAGGAGAUGAGACCAGGUAACCAGUGGAGGCCCCUUUGAAGCACUGUGGCUGAUGGUUGUGAGGUUAAAACGAGAGUCCUUCUUUUCCUACCUUUGCGCUUCUUCUACUUUCCCCAAUAGAUGUGCUCUAAACCUUUAGAGGCACAAAAGCAUUCAGGUCUGUGUUCAAUAAAAAAGCAAAACAGACUGAUCAGAGAAGACCUUUGCUUUUAAGAUGCUUUCUUUUUUCAUAGCUUGUUCUUAUAGCUUCACUUUAGUUAAGGCACUGAAAUCACAAGACUCCUGGUUGCAAAGGUCAGGAGAUAAUUGAAUGAAAGUUUGGUCCAUAGAAAUCUGCCUGUGACAAGAAACCUGACUGGUAUGACAUUGUACUAACUUUUCUACUGUUAACAAUUUUCAAACUUCUAUGUAGGCAAAUAAAAAUAUAGGUCAAAGUAUGCUGAAAAUCAUUUAAUAAUGUGUGGACUCCCAACGCUUGGUUUAGCAUGAAAAUAUUAUCCUCUCAUUAACAUAUUUUAAUUACUUUUUAAAAAUCUCUGCCAUAUUAUAACCCCAUGGGGAAUAUUAGAUAUUUAUUUGAGAAGACAUAGAGCAAACAUUUUCAUGUGAACAUCACAAAAAACUAUUUUU